UUUUAUUAUCAAUCAACCAGUUUGAAGUCCACGACUCCGUAUAUAUAGUUAUAUAUUCACCGUGAGAACAGUAAGUUUUUAUUAUCAAUCAACCAGUUUCAAGACCACGACUCCGUAUAUAUAUAUAUAUAUAGAUAUUGAUAUAUUCACCGUGAAAACCUUAAGUUUUUAUUAUAUACCUGUUAUAAAAGUUAAAUAUUUUCCAGUCGUGUCUCUACGAUUCCGUAGACAUAGUCACAGCGAACUAUAUAAGUUUUUAUUAUCAACUGUUUAAAAGUUCACGGUGUAUUUUUCAACUUGGUCUCAUCGACUUCUUAUACAACAUCAUAGCAAAACUCGACGUCAGCUGUUCGUUAGUUACAGAACCCCAAUGUCAGAAUGAAUAAAACAACACUUGCGAUACUUCUUCAUAUGCUGAAAGUUAUUUUGUAAACCUGGUGAAGUUUUAGAAGUUAUACUGAAGCUGAUUUCUGAAGGUUUGUUUUGGCAAAGACUUCGAGGAGACAGACGAUCAGGUGAAAAAGAUAGAACAUUUCUGGUGGUGAAGAGAACAUCAUUGGCAGACGAUAGUGUUUUGGCGCAGCAGAAAAAAAAAAAAUUGAGUUACUUUACAAGACUUCUGGGAACAAAUAACGCACCUGGUGAAGGUAUUUGAGGAUUGUGCUAACACAGAACAUUAUUGGCAGACGACAAUUUUUUGGCGCAACAGAAAAAACAAAUUUGAGUUACUUUACAAGACUUCUGGGAACAAAUAACGCACCUGGUGAAGGUAUUGGAGGAUUGUGCUGACACAGAACAUUAUUGCAGACGACAAUAUUUUGGCGCGACAGAAAAAACUAAUUUGAGUUAAUUCACAAGACUUCUGGGAAGAAACUAACACAUCGGGUGAAGAUAAGAGGACUGUGCUAACAUAGAACAUUAUUGAUAGACAUAUUUCGGCGUAGAAAAAAAAGAAGUAUUACUUCGUGUCAUCAGCUUUAAAGGAAUAAAACAUCAUCGUUACUAAUCGACAUUGUUGACGUACGAGAAGAGCAAUUUUUAGUCAGCUUUGAAGUUUUGAAGAAUUUUAAUAACAAUUCCAUCACUGAGAAGACAUCAGAUAAUACUGUUAGCAGACGAUAAAUUAGUGGCGGGUUUCAGCAGACGAUAAAUUAGUGGCGGGUUUCCUGUAUCAGAAAAUUCAACGCUAAAACUGAAUCGGAAAAACAAAGAAAUAGACUAAUUUUAAAGUAUUUUCAGAGACUUUAAAUACGCGGAUCCGACAGACUAAUUUUCGAGUACGACCUGUUAGAAGACGAUAUCGUUAACGGAAUUCUGGUACCAGAGACAAACUUCGACACACCGAGAACAAGAAAAAACAUCUUUCUUCAUAUUAUUUUUAAAGCGACUUUUCAACCACUUUUAAAAAGCAGCUUCGAACUUGAAUAAGACAAAAGGUGUUCGCUAAGUUUGAUAUUACUUGAUAAAAUACGAAAUUGCAACUAGCACUCAAGAAAAAUAAUAUUGUACCCCCCUCCACCCAAACCGCCCCCCCCCCCCUCCCAAAAAACAAAACAAAAAAACAACAACAACAACAAGAAAACGACCCAAAACAAACCCAAGAAGAAAUAAAAAGAAGAAGAAAAGGUGUUUAAUAAUUGACAGUUUCUUGACAGAAGCAUUGAAAGAAGUGGUAAAAGAGAAUUCAUACCAGCAGACAUCAAGUGUAGGGGAACACAGAACUGAAAAGAAGCAACAACAACAACUACAACAACAACAACAAGUUUUUGUUUGGCGAAGCUACUAAAAGGUCAACUAGCGAAGGACCAUGGAUUUUGACGAGUAUCGAAAAAGAGGCAAGGAGAUGGUGGACUACAUUUCUGACUAUCUGAAGAACAUCCGGUCUCGGCGCGUCUUCCCAGAUGUGUCGCCUGGGUACAUGCGCCAUCUAGUUCCGGAAUCAGCGCCGCAGUCAGGCGAGAAAUGGGAGGACAUCUUUAAAGACAUAGAGGAGGUCAUUAUGCCAGGAGUCCGCACUGGCAGAGUCCCCACAUGCAACGCUUACUUUCCGGCGUUGAAUUCAUUUCCGUCGUUGCUAGGAGACAUGCUGGCUGAUGCGAUUGGCUGUUUGGGUUUCACGUGGGCCUCCAGUCCGGCGUGUACCGAGUUGGAAACGAUCGUCAUGGAUUGGUUAGGAAAAAUGAUCGGGCUUCCAACGGAAUUUCUCCAUAGCAACGAGCAAACGAUGGGAGGCGGCGUCAUACAGACGACUUCGAGCGACGCGACGUUCGUGUCAGUUCUAGCCGCUCGGUCUGAAGCAAUUCGCAGGUUCCUCUGUGUUCAGAGCGGAAUCGACGCCGCGGACAUCAACGCCAGGCUCGUGGGCUACUGCUCGGAUCAGGCGCACUCCUCCGUCGAGAAAGCUGGCCUGAUUGGCCUGGUGAAAAUGAGGCUGUUGCCCACCGACAACAAUCUGAGUCUGCGCGGAGACACGCUUCAAGAAGCCAUAGAUCGAGACAGAGAAGACGGGCUGAUCCCUUUCUAUCUGUGUGCCACUCUGGGUACAACCGGUGCGUGUGCGUUCGACAACCUCAAAGAGCUCGGCCCCGUAUGUGAAACCGAGGGUCUUUGGCUCCACAUCGAUGCUGCUUAUGCCGGUACUGCUUUCAUCUGCCCAGAGUACCGGAUAUGGAUGGAAGGCGUGGAGCAUGCGCACUCCUUUGCUUUCAAUCCUUCCAAAUGGAUGAUGGUCAAUUUCGAUUGUACGGCUAUGUGGGUGAAAAAUAGCGGCGCACUGCACAGAACGUUCAACGUCGACCCGCUAUACCUAAAACACGAAAAUUCAGGUGCUGCCAUUGAUUAUAUGCACUGGCAGGUUCCACUGAGUAAAAGAUUCAGAGCUCUCAAACUCUGGUUUGUCAUUCGUUCCUUUGGAGUUGCAGGAAUACAGAAACAUGUCCGUGAGGGUGUACGUCUGGCCAAGACAUUUGAGAUGAUGGUGAAGAAGGAUGACAGGUUUGAGGUUCCAGCAGAAAGAGUUUUAGGCAUGGUCGUCUUUAGACUGAGGGGAGAUAAUGCGUACACAGAAGAGCUACUGAAGAAACUUAACAAAUCCGGGAAGGUGCACAUGGUACCUGCGGCUUUAAAAGAUAAGUACGUCAUCCGCUUCACGGUGACGUCACAGUACACCACGGAGGGAGACAUCGCACUAGACUGGAAGAUAAUACAGGAAAUGGCCACCAGGGUUCUCUCGGAAGACGACAGCGUCGAAGAGGAGGAGGUUGAGGAGGAGGAGGUUAUUGAGGUAGGUCCAGCGAACAACCGGCACAUCAUGCGCAUCCCCAGCAUCAAGCGGAAGGAUUUCGGAAUGAGCCUGUUGCUUAGCAACGUGCCCAUGUCGCCGAAAUUCAUCAACGGGAGCUUCGCGGCCAUAUUCGACAACAACAACGUCAUCGUGGAGUUCGCCAAGGAGCUCAGCCGCGGUGACUUCAACGGGCAGAUGAUCCUCCUGUCGCCUAGGCGACGCAUCAAGCUCAAGGAUCAGAUGCGGCAACAGAGUCUGGAUAGUAACUACUUCUCCAUCAAGCGCGCGCCGAGCAGAUUCAAGCAAGGCUCUUUGGACUCGAAGAUUGACGAGAUCCUGGAGACGUCUUCGUACGGGAGCGACGUCUCCGGGAACUUCCUCAGGACAGACAGCGUCGAAGAUAGCGAGGCUGACUCUGAUGACGUAAAGGCGAACGUCACUUCCGCCGGUCCAGCGCCCAUGGCGAAUGGAAAAGGGAAGGCUCCGCCAGCGGAGAUUAACGGGGUGUGCAUGAUGUGCAAGCAUUGUGGGAAGCCAGUAGAUGGAUGCGUCAUUCCUUCUGCACCAGUCCUGCGACGUGUCAAAAGUGUUGCGUGAGGUUGGUGUCAAAAGCCGGAUUGUUGUAGGUGGUAAACUGACUAUCGUCGACCGGUUCUUUAACUCUGUACGAGACGCCGUAAAUUGGUCCGCGAAUGUCGUGAUAUUUCAUGGGCGGAGCCUCGUUCUCGGACAAGACAUCAUUUUCCUUCUCUUCGGACUCUUCAACACUUAUUUCCACAUCUUUCUCUCUGGCCUUGAUUUUCUACAGAAUAAAAAUAAUAAAACAGU